AAAGAUGUAGAUGGGUCUCUGCCCCAAAACUUACCAAGUGUCUGGACCUCACGGGAAAAUUCAAACAUGGUUUUUUGAUUGUCAGAGACUGUCUAGACAUACAUGUUAGAAAAAUAUUAUUGGAAAAUAUAUUGUAAUCAGUUAUUCUGGGUACCGAUUGUAUAGUAAUUCCCAAACGUCAAAGCGGAAUUGUUAGUUUAUCGCGUUCAAAAUUAUUUCAUAGCAGUCUUGAGCCUAAGAUGAGUGCGAAAUGGAUGUUAACUCUUACGUCUCUUUGCGAACAAUCAGGAGUCGGCGUUGCAACGUUAUCAAACUCGAUGCUUUUGUACAUGCUCACGUAUAAAGCAAGUCCAUCUUAUGGAGAUUAUCGACGUUUGAUGUUUUCCUAUACUAUCGUUGAGAUGGUAUAUUCUUUCUUAAGCUUCACUUCAGGCAUGAAGGCACACAGUACUGAUACUUCAUUUGUCGUCUUCAACUUCUACCACGGAUAUGUUAGCCGGUCUAUUGCCCCGCUCUUUCUCAUUGAUUUUUGCGGAAUUUACUUCACCUUGAUUUUAAUUCUUGUUUUGCAUUUUAUUUACCGCUACUUCGUUGUUUGCGAUGCUGGUAAGCUGGAAAAUUUCAAAGGAUGGUACUUAAUGCUCUGGGUGGUUGGUUCGACGAUUUCUGGUUUUUCAAUGGCUUAUUUAAAAUACUGGACCUUCCCAGAACGUGAACAUCUAACAAAUGAACUCCGCGAAGAUUUUCUACAAUACUUUGCUUUAACAAUGGAAGAAAUAGUGUAUAACGGACCAAACUAUUAUGUUUGUAAAAAGUUCAAUGACUGCAAGAAGCCUCGAGCAGAUUGGAUUACGAUGUUCAUUCUCUGUGGUGGUCUAAUUUUUUCUGUCUCUACGAUGUGCUUCUGCGGGUACAGUUGUUGUAAAAAACUUGGCGAGCACAAAAAUCGUUUGAGUUCUCGCACCGCCAACCUUCAAAAACAACUAAUGGCAGCAUUGAUUAUUCAAUCUGUCAUUCCCAUAAUCUUCAUGUACAUACCAGUUUUUCUUCUCUUCAUGACUCCAAUGUUCAGAGUCGGAUUUGGUCCUUAUGAUAAUAUCGCUAUGGCGACUCUUGCAAUCUACCCUCCAGUUGAUCAAUUUAUAAUUAUCUACGUAAUCGAAGAUUUCAGAACUGCUGUCAAAGAUCUGUUCAAAUGCGGAAAGAUGCAAGAAAGUGCACCAUCAAACUGAUGUCGUCACUUCGCGAUUGAGCACAUAGACGAAGGUGUAUAACAAUUCUCUAAUCCAUUUUAAUGUUUUUUUGCACUUUUUCACAAAUCAAAUCAAAAUAAAUAAACGAUAAUAUUUCCA